CGGAAAUUACUGCCCGUCACAUCGGCUGAUGUCGUGGAAGUCAUUUCCACAUUCUUAUGUUAUUGCCAUACAAUAAAAGCUCUGGAAACUUCGCAAUUGACCUAAACGUUGUGGGAAGACAUUUGUUCACGGCUCUUGGAAGAGGUCGAUGUGAGUAUUGCUAUGUCGAGCCAAGUUUAUUUGAUAGUCUCCCAUGUUUGGACCACCACACUCAUAAGAAAACAACUUGUGAUGGAUGCGUUAUCCGCAGUCGCUCAGUUAACCCUAGAAAAUGCCAGGAUUGUAAUUUCUCAUAUUCAUUUAAAAUCAUCGACACCUCAGACUGUUAUGAAUCUUGCAAAGCUUAUAUCCUUCAGAAAGUGUCCUAUAAGGCCGAGCAGUGUGCAGAAUCUUGUAAAAAUUGUGCCCAGUGCAUUCACGCUGAAUAUGCUGAAGAGCCAGGCACCCUUAUCGAAUUAUUUUUAAAUCCAAUCUACAAAAGCCCAACCUUUGACGAACAUAUUGAAUUCGUCAAUAACAAGCUCGAAAAAGCGCAAGAGUAUGCAGAAAAGCGAAGAGAAUCAUCCUCCAAAAGCAAUUAAAAACAUUGACAAGGUAAAUGAGAUUGUUAGAAAUUGUGAUAUUAACGAUUUGUGUUUUGACCCUAUAAAAGAAUCUUCUUCAACUAGAUUAAGUAAUAACAAUUAUAAUAAUUUUUGUGAUAUGUUUUUAAAAUACAAAAUCACUAACCAGUC